AUGCCGAUCACGGCUCUUCCCCCAGCCACUGUCCGGGCGAUUGGCUCAACAUCUGUAAUAUCGGACCCGUGCGCUGUGGUGAAGGAGCUAGUAGACAAUGCCUUGGAUGCUUCUGCGACUUCUAUAGGCAUUGAGAUAUCUCCGAACACAAUUGAUGUGAUACAAGUAAAAGAUAACGGACAUGGGAUCCCUUCCAAUGACCAUGCUUUCGUUUGCAAGCGCACGUUUACUAGCAAGAUCCAGACCGUUGAAGAUCUUCAGACUCUUGGAGGGAAGUCUUUGGGAUUUAGAGGGGAAGCUCUUGCCAGCGCUGCUGAAGUAUCAGGUGGUGUGACUGUCACCACUCGGGCUGAGGCAGAGAUGGUCGGCACAUCCAUCAAAUAUGGAAGAAAUGGAGAGCUUAUCAGCUCUCAGCGUGCUUCGCAUCCUGUGGGCACGACAGUCCGUAUAACAAAUCUUUUCAAGCACAUACCUGUUCGAAAACAAUCUAUUUUGAGAAGUGCCAUGAAGACAUUAGCCCGAAUCAAAAAGCUUAUACAGAUAUAUGCUAUGGCACAACCCUCAAAGAGGCUUUCAUUAAAGGUUCUAAAAGCUAAGAACGAGAACAAUAAUUGGAUCUAUGCCCCUGGGCGGGAUGCAACAAUUACAGACGCAGCCUUAAAAAUUGCUGGCACUGAUGUCACUUCCAAUUGCGUCUUGAAGAAAUGGCCUCCUGAAGACAAUAUAAACUCCGAACGACACCAAGAGGAGCAUGCAUCCGAGUUUGGGCUUCUAGCGUUAUUGCUGAAUCUGGAGACCGAUUGCACAAAAUUGAGCAACGCUGGUCAAUACCUAACUAUCGAUGGCAGGCCCAUAUCCAGCUCUCGAGGCAUAGGGCAAGAUGUAUCCAAGUUAUACAAGUCGUAUCUUCGUUCGGCCCUUUCCCGCAGUGGGGGCAGUCUGUCCAUAACUGAUCCAUUCCUCUGUUUGCACAUCCAAUGCCCUGAAGCAAGUUAUGACGUCAAUAUAGAACCGGCAAAAGAUGAUGUUCUGUUCGAAGAUUCCCAAAGACUACUUUCGCUUAUGGAGGACCUCUUUCGGAGUAUGUACGGCGAAAAGGAGCCUCGUCACAAGAAGCGACCGAACUCUGCAAAAGGGAAGUCCGCUUUGCCAGAUAAAGAUGCGUUUGAUCUCCUUUUGGCUCGAAGAAGCCCAUCCGAAGACUCACCAUCUGUGGAUACGAACUCGGGCUUUUGUACGGCUCGCUCUCUUGCUCAGUCAGCAGAGCCUUCGCCUUUCUUGGACGUUACGAAUGGCCAGAGCUCAGCCUCUUCUCAGAUAAGUAAAGUAUCAGGUGCCGAGAGCCGCAGAAAGUCUACGGAUCGCGAGCUCUUGAACCCUUGGUCUAUAACAAGGUGCAACACUCCGUUUCGCAGAUCCGGUACAAGCCAGACCCGAAAUACAACAGCCCGUCGGCCGCCCAUGAAUGACGACAUGCACACUUCUGAAGAAAAGCGCAGAGGCUUAGAGGAAACGCCGCGACGGUACUCGGCGGGGUCUCUACCCAGCCCAACUGCAUCAACUCCGUCAGCGUCGAGCCAUCCAUCAGUUUUGCGAUCCUUUAAGACGACCCAGGCGUCACCCACAAGCCGCGGUUGCGAUGAGGCCACAAGGGCUUCAAGGCAACGGGCCAGGGAAAUGUAUGGUAACGGAGCUCUGGACACUUGGUUCGGCAAGACUACUCAAAUGACACUCGCCCGGAUAGUGACUGAGGAGCCGUCGGGUGACGAUCAGGAAGAACCUCCGUUGGGCCAAUUAGCGCAUGAACGCUUUCUCUCUCAGGAGCAGUCUUCGCCCGAGUCGUGCGAAAUCGCAAGCCGCACAAUGCCCAUUUGGAGAGGCUCCGCUAACAGUACACCCGAGAGUUCUGUUCUCUCGAGUACUCAGCCACAAAAUCCUACUUCUAGAGUACCGCCACCGGGUACAGCUUCAGAAGUAAGAGAAAAGCGUCAAGAGUUUCCGGUUCUUGAGCAGUGGUCUGCCAGGCUACAUAACCUUACUCAGGAUAGCCCAAAAUCCGAUUUGGAGACCGCUCUAGAUUUCGAGCAUCGAAAAAAAGAAGCUAUCCAAAGACGACGAGAGAUUAAGAGUCGUUCACACCCACCUUCGACUAACUCGCCGCAUUUGAGCAGGUACCUUGCUGCGCGUGCUGCUCUGCGUCCCGAAUCCAAUCAAUCUGUUCAUAACUUGAAUUUAUCAACCUCAGCAGAGGUUACGACAAACAAUGUCUUAAACCCCCAUGACCCAAGGUCAUACCUUAUACGACACCAGGACACAAGCCGACAGGACGAACUACCGAGCGAUAGCAAGGUUCGGCGUACUAACACGAACAAAUUACCAUUCGAAAGAAUACCAGAAGGCUGUGAAUUGCACGAUAUUGGAGUUAAUCUAUCUGCUACUCUGCCGGCCCUUUUAACGCUAUCAGGGGAACUACAUAAGAGCGAUUUAUAUACCCAAUGUGGAAAGCAGUUUGAAGCAUUUUCCGCUUCUGAUCUGCAAUCUGAUCUUGAUCUUGUUACGUUAUGGUCGUCUAGAUUAUCCGCCCUGCUCAAAAGCAAGUACAAGGCAAAAGAGGGAUCUGGAGAUCCUACACCUCGGUUUGACUUUUCUGCCCUGGCCGAGACGAAUAAUAGUCAGAAUUAA